AUGUUAGCGUCCCUCCCGCAGAUGGAGACGGUACGAUCGCUCCCCCGGAAUCCGGACGUUGUUGCGCGACACCCAUCCGCAGAGGACCUUGAUGCUGCGCAGCAGUUGAUAUCAUCGGCCCAGGCGGGUCGGGAACAUCCUGUCGACCGACUUCGCGACGAAACAGGGCCUAAACGCUACGAAGAAAUGCCCGGUCACGGUCCCUACGAAGCAGACAAGUUCUUAGAUAUGUCGACACCGUAUCCGUCGGAAACUGGUGCAAAUCAAUCAGAGAAGUCUUCGUCACCGAAGUCCCAGAAAGAUACUUCAUUUCUAGGGCAUUCGUGUAGUAAUUGUGGAACAAAAAGCACUCCAUUAUGGCGGCGUUCCCCGACGGGAGCUAUGAUUUGCAAUGCUUGCGGUUUAUAUUUGAAGGCUCGUAACGUUGCUCGACCGACAAAGCGCAACCGUGUACACGCUAGUCCAGAACUCACGCAACCCCCGAGUAAUCCUUCGCAUCCUCCCCACGAUCCACCUGCUCCAUCAUCGCACAAGGCAGGAGGCUGUCAUGGUUCAAAGGGCUCGUGUCCUGGCGGAGGAAAUUGCAAUGGUACAGGAGGGGCUGAGGGGUGUGACGGAUGCCCCGCUUACAACAACCGUGUGUACAAGUCGACUCCCCGGGGCACGGUGCCUGUGCAUGCUUGGAAUCGAGCAACAACCUCAGAGAGUGAGAAGCCUCCUCCUCUACAGGAGCCUGAGCUAUCGGUCAAGAAUGGCACUCCAAUAACGACCACAGAAGGCAAUAUGUUGGUAUCCUGCCAGAAUUGCGGCACUACGGUGACUCCACUCUGGCGACGAGACGAGAAUGGUCACCCAAUCUGUAAUGCGUGUGGUCUCUAUUACAAACUGCACGGUUGUUAUCGGCCUACCACGAUGAAGAAGACUAUCAUCAAACGACGGAAAAGGGUUGUGCCGGCGCUGCGAGAGCAUUCUCCGACGGGGGCCACGCAGUCAUCGAAUGGGUCUUCUGCCUCACCGGAAGCGUCUCCUGCUACAUUGGCUCCUCACGACGAUCAUUAUCGCUAUUACAGCUCGGAACCCAUGGACCGUUACAAGCACAUGUCUGGUGAUCGUAUCUCACCGCAGGCCCCAAGACAGUUUGGCUUCGCGCCGCCGCCUGUUGAUUUCACCGGGUUCGGCUCUGCGACGAUGUCCUUGCCGCACCACCCUCCCCCGCCGAGGCUGUUAGAGCCAGAUCGCAUCAACGCUCCCAGCCAUUCUCCCGUCUCCCAAUUCGCUCGACGAUCCCUCUCGCCUAAUCCUGCGAAUCCCAAGAAACGGACUCUCGCAGAGACCGCGUCAUCUGCGGAGGCCGCCUCGAUCCCCACAACGUUGGAAUCAGGGUCGAACCAACUACCCCCCAUCAUGUCAGCUGCCAACCCUUCCCCGCCGGGCCGGCUCAGCUCGAUUUCUUCCAUUCUCAACCACCCUAACACGCGGGACGAGUCACGCUUGGACCCGUCGCUCGCUGCACUAAGUCGCCAGCAGCACCAACACUCGCACCAGGCUCUGGCGCCUCCACCCCCUCAGCCCUUGCCCGGAGUCACCGAGCUCGACAGUAUGCGGGAAGAGCGUCGGGCCCAGCUACAGCGGGAAGCUGAGGAGAUGCGGGAGAUGCUGAGAGCGAAGGAGCGAGAAUUGGCCGAGUUGGGACGGCAAUGA